CCAGUUAAAAGUCUUGGAAGAGCCAAUACCUCUUUGCCAUCACCUUCAUUGCAGGAUCUGUCUGGUGUUGAAUCUUUUUAAGCUCUUUAGUUUAUUUAAAUAUUUAAACCGUUUUUGUGUGAUGUGUUUUGAAUUUUGUCAGUAAUCUUAACUUGCAACGUUUCUUGAAUAAUUGUAGGUACAACGUAUUAUUGUGAAAUGAUCUUACAUUCUCUUAGUGUAUCUGGCACAUAUCUGUUGUGCCAGAUGCACAGACUGGAAGUAUUUAUUUGCUAAAAUUUGGUAACACGCACCAAAUAGUGACAUUUGUAUCUGAGUUUUGCAAACCUUCUGAGUUCAUUUUUAAAUAUCAUUCAAAGUUGUUCUAUUUUAUGUCCGGCCCAAUCAAAACUAUUCAGUAAUUAGUAAAUAACUAACAAACUGACUAAAUGAUAACUAUUACUUGUAAGCUGAUUUAAAAGUUAUUUUUCUCACUUUGACUCACGUGAGUGACUUAAAACAAAUUCCAGCCUUAAAUAUAUCGCAUAUGAAACUAUAUUUUUACUUUUACUAAGUGGAGUAAAGGUAUCUAAAGCUAAAUAUUGAAAACGAUGACAAAGUACUGUGACCACAGGAGGCAGUCUGUUCAACACAAAGACGAGCAAACGGUGCAGAUGAGAACUGUUCUCGGCUCGUGCUGCCUUCACUUGCACCAACAGCGACAUUUAGACUGUCUGUACCACCAUUUAUAUGUAAUGUUGCUGCCUAAAGAAAAGCGGUUUCAGAUGUUGGUUAGUAUUAAUAAUGACAGAAAGUAGUCACAUUGAUGUUAUUUUCAAAUAGACACUGAUAUUCGCUACUUGUUAAACCUCCGACGUUGGAUAUCACGAGCGGACCCUGAAGGCAGCACGUCAUCCGCCGCGUGCGCUCCCGACAGCUCCAGCCACUGUCAGUUAACGACAAUGAGAGGGAACCCGAAAACUCGCUGUGUGAGUUCAGGCGUGUCUCAGAAAGGGGAGAGCUCAACCGGGUGAUAAUUUUUUAGAACUUCCACCGGUUAUGGCAGCUUUUGGUGGAGCCACGCCGCGAAGCUGAAGAAGAAAACCACCUUUAAGGCAUGAUGCUGUGACCAACAUGUAUCGACACUGUAGUUGUGUCUGCAUCGUGUGGACCAACCCAGCUGCCAGCCCCCCAGUGAACUCUGACCCCCCAGGUGCCAUCUGACUCAGGGAUACGAUGGGACUCCUCUCCUUUCACCACGGCCCACUCUUCUUCGUCUUCUUUUUCCUCCUCCUCCUGUGCUACCCCUGCAUUUCCAUCAGGCCUCAAGUUCUCGAGCGAUCGUCUGCGUCUGAACAACCUGAGUCUUCUGACAACUCCACAGAGUCUGAAAAGAGGACAUGUACAGGUGUCGUGGUGUGUAAACCCGGCAUCCUGCUGCCAGUCUGGGAGCCUCUCAACCCUCCAGUUGGGGAACAAGCAGGGAGGGCGAUUGUGUACUUCCUUUCUCUCAUGUACAUAUUCCUUGGAGUAUCCAUCAUUGCAGACCGCUUCAUGGCAUCCAUAGAAGUCAUUACAUCUCAGGAGAAGGAGGUGACCAUUACCAAACCUGAUGGGGAAACCACGGUGAAAACCGUGCGGGUCUGGAAUGAAACCGUGUCCAACCUGACACUCAUGGCCCUGGGCUCCUCCGCACCAGAGAUCCUGCUCUCUGUUAUUGAGGUGUGUGGGCACAACUUCAAUGCCGGGGAGCUCGGCCCAGGCACCAUAGUGGGAAGUGCGGCCUUUAACAUGCUUGUGAUAAUUGGUCUGUGUGUGUCAGUAAUUCCAGAUGGACAGUCUCGCAAGAUCAAACACCUGCGAGUGUUUUUUAUCACAGCUUUCUGGAGCAUCUUUGCAUACAUUUGGCUCUACCUCAUUCUGGCCGUCAUCUCCCCAGGGAUUGUUGAGGUUUGGGAAGCUGUAGUAACACUGCUGUAUUUUCCCAUCUGUGUGAUGUUGGCUUGGAUCGCUGACCGCCGCCUGCUCUUUUACAAAUACAUGCAUAAGAGAUACCGUGCCGACAAGAGGCAUGGGAUUGUGGUGGAAAUGGAGGGGGACGAUUCCCCCAAAGGCAUUGAUGUUAUCAUGGACGGAAAGCUGUCAGACGGCAGUCCAGGCCCUGGAAACUCCUCUAGUGUGACGGUGUCCGUGCAGACAGGCAGUGAGCUGGACCAUAACAAAGAUGAGGUAGUCCGCAUCUUGAAAGAUCUGAAGGAGAAGCAUCCAGAUAAAGACCUGGACCAGCUGAUCGAGAUGGCCAACUACUCUGCCCUGGUCCACCAGAAGAAGAGUCGUGCCUUUUAUCGUGUCCAAGCAACACGGAGGAUGAUCGGUGCUGGAAACAUCUUAAAGAAGCACGCAGCAGAUCAGAAGCGGCGCGCGCUGGGACAGGAUGCGGACAAAGCGACGUGCUCACAUAUCUGUUUUGAAAGUGUCCAGUACCAAUGCACGGAGAACUGCGGCUCUGUGACCCUUUGGGUGGUCCUCGAUGGAGGCACAGGCCAAAACACGUUCUACGUGGAUUACUGUACAGAAAACGGAUCUGCCAACGCUGGAUCAGACUAUGAGUUUAACAAGGGAACUCUGACAUUCAAACCAGGGGAAACCCGAAAAGAGAUCAAGGUGGGGAUUUUGGAUGACGACAUCUUUGAAGAGGAUGAACAUUUCUUUGUGCAUCUUCAGAAUCUGAGGUUAGAGGAGGGAGGGAGCGAAGGGACUGGUUCUCCGCCCAAGGCCAGACUGGUGGAACCUCUGCUGGCCACAGUUACUAUACUGGACGAUGACCAUGCUGGGAUCUUUACCUUUGGGCAGCAGGUGCUGCGAGUGAGCGAGAGCACCGGUGUGCUGACAGUGACCGUGUUGAGGAACUCGGGCUCCAGGGGCACAGUAGCUGUGCCGUACCAUACUGAGGAUGGUAGUGCCAAGGCUGGAGUGGACUAUGAGGAGGCCAGAGGGGAAGUGGAAUUCACCAAUGAACAGACAAGUCAGUCAUUACAGAUAUGCAUUUUAAAUGUGGAGGAGUACGAAAAGCAGGAAAACUUCUUCGUUGUGCUUGAAGACCCCAAGUGGCUGAAGAGAGGAAUUUCUGCUCUACUACUGAACCAGGGUAAUCCAACUCCUGAGGAGGAAGAGGCCAGGAGGAUUUCUGAGAUGGGCAAACCUAUUCUAGGAGAGCACAGCAGACUAGAAGUCAUCAUACAAGAAGCCUGUGAUUUUAAGACUCCCAAUGGAGUCAUAGACCAGAACACUGUGGAUCAACUCCUCCAGGACACAAAUCUAGCAGAAGUGAUUGGGACUCACUCAUGGAAAGAGCAGUUCAUUGGAGCAGUCACAGUGAGCGCAGGUGAUGAUGACGAGGAGGGACAGGAGCAAAGAACGCCCAACUGCUUUGACUAUUUUAUGCACAUACUUUGCGUUUUCUGGAAAAUCUUAUUUGCUUUUGUCCCGCCCACCGAGUACUGGAACGGCUGGGCGUGCUUUAUUGUGUCCAUCUCUGUCAUCGGCCUCCUAACCGCCAUCAUCGGAGACCUGGCGUCGCAUUUUGGCUGCACUGUUGGCCUCAAAGACUCUGUGACUGCUGUGGUCUUUGUGGCGCUGGGGACUUCACUUCCUGACACCUUUGCCAGUAAAGUGGCUGCCACUCAGGACCAGUAUGCAGACGCGUCCGUGGGGAACGUGACGGGAAGCAACGCAGUCAACGUGUUUCUGGGCAUUGGCCUGGCCUGGUCCGUGGCUGCGGUAUACUGGGAGGUGAAAGGGAAGGUCUUCCGCGUCGACCCUGGUUCCCUGGCCUUCUCGGUCACACUCUUCACUAUUUUUGCGUUCUUCAGCAUGGGUGUGCUGAUGCUACGCAGGAGGCCGUCCAUAGGAGGCGAACUCGGCGGUCCGAGGAUUUCCAAGGUCCUCACCUCGCUGCUCUUCUUCGGACUCUGGUUCCUGUACAUCCUCUUCUCCAGCCUGGAGGCCUAUUGCCAUAUACAAGGAUUCUGAGAGAGUCAUAAGGUCACACUUACAGACACGGAACUGUGACAGUAACUACCAAUAGGAAUCCAUCACCCUCACCGUUUGACUCCUGCUGCCAUGGUUCAAAACAUAUACACAACGUGUGACUGUUCCAGUCAGUAGGACUCUUUGUCACAAUACAACUUCAUUUCUUUUAAAUAUAUUAGAUUAUAGUUAACUGCACUAUGCAUGAAGGGUAUAGGCAGACAAAUAUUUCUGAUCAUUAAAAUAAUGCUUUUAAUUCACAUCCAGACAUAAAGUUGGGCAUUGUCUCCACUCACACGUACAAAGCCAAGGACUCUGGUAACAUGUAAAAUGUGGUUUGCACAGAGCAUGAAUUCAGUGCAGAUCGGAUUAUUUACGUUGUAUCCAAACAAUGAGCAUUGUUUCAAGGCACUUUACAAGAUAAACAUCCAAUUUAUAUACAGAAAUGUACGGAAGCCCUGAAAGGCAAUCGGAAAUAAAUUGUUUUUUUGAAGAUCCAUUUUCUAAAUCUGACCAAAUUUUCUUUUUCUCUUGACUUUAAAAGUCAAGUGGAAGUGAAAAAGUCUUUUGGGGGAAGAGGGGUUCGCAUGGAAUGUUUAUAUGCAGUCAUUUCAAUCAAAUCAUGUAGACAGAGACAAAUUUAAUUACAAAUAUUCUUAUGCACGAUAGAAACCAGUGAUUAUGUAAGAGAAACAUUCGUAGCUAAUGAUAAUCAAAGAGAAAUGGCUUGAUUAAAAGUCCAAGGCUUUUGCCAAAAGAAGACAUCCUAAUUGAUCCAUGAUGGGAAUCUAAUCACGACCGAUCAGAAGUUCUUGUAUUUUGAAACAUUCCUAAUGACUCUACGGAAAUACAGUAGCUGAGAACAGACAGCACAGGAAAAUCGGGUUUGAACCAUUCAUUUCAUGCAGAUGCAGCCUGUUUGGAAGAGUUUCUCACUCUGAACGGAUCCUUAUUAAGAACUGGAUCUUUGAGGAAUACAUUUACACAACAUGUAUUUCACUGGAUUCAAUCAGGGGCUAAAAGAAAGUAAACAACUACAGGUAAAGUUAAAAGAUGUGAAGUUCAUCACUUUCUCAGGCUGCAAGACUCUGACGCUGCUCACAACCAUUAAUAAGCUACUUGGUUCAUACAUGCAAGUGUAUUUCAUUUCACAGUCAGGGUGGGAACACAUGUACCUGUAGAAAUGGCAAGAAGAAAAUGCACCCUCUAAAGUCUGUGGCUUUCCACUCCAAAAACACUGGACAGUCCAGUGUUUUGUUUUCUAAUUCACUUUAUUUGCUACACAUUGCACCAAUUAUACAUUAAAAGCCUAUAAAUGAUAGAGGGUGUACUUUUUAAAUUAUGAUUGUAAACUCAGUCAUCUGCAUUCACUCAUCAUGUAUGUCAUUAAUACUGAGCUUUAAAGUAUGUAUUUGAACUAUUUUUUUUCAAGGGUGGAAUAAUUCUACAAAAAAAAUGUAACAAUAAAAAAAGGACUAGGUGCCCAAGUUUUAAUUGAUUGUGGAUUUUUCUUAAACCACACUGGUCAUGAAUAUGAAAACAAGCUCAAAUAUAUUCAUACACCCUAAGUAAUAUAUGAAUGAAUGUCCCAGUCUUGGUGUCCCUCAGCCUGAAUUAUUUUCUUUAUCUGAUGCUAAAUUUGACCGGCCCUUUGCGCAACUAUACAAAUAAAAAAAUGUGCAGAAUAUUUAAAAGAUGGGUGAAGCCAAGAAAAACCAAUACAUGUAAAUUAAUUCUACAAUUUCUUGUAAAAAGAACUGUAAAAUAAAUGGUGACCCAGAGCAGAAUAAUAAUGAUUUAUAUGAUUUAUACAUGUAAAAGUCUGACUGUCUCUACAUAUCCACUGAUCUAUUAUUUAUACCCACUUAUUAAAACUAAGAUGGAAAUAAAGAGUUAAUUUAUUCUGAAAUUAUUUCAUGGUUGUUCUCAAAUCAUCUUUGUCCACAGCAAUGAUAUUCUUAAUUGUUUUUGAUAAUCAUAGGUUAUUUAUAUUUAGCAACUUAUUCCCUUCAACUCUCCAUUUAUUGGAAGCAACUGAUUCAAUGAAAUGUCUAUCUGCAGAGAUACAGAUGUCAGCUGACCAAGCAGCAAAUGAACUGGUAUCUGGCGCCAUCUUGUGUAAAUUACAAGCAACUGCAGCAUAAUGAUAGCUAGAUAGAUAGAUAGAUAGAUAGAUAGAUAGAUAGAUAGAUAGA